AUGCUCUGUUGCUGCAGCCGCUGCCGCCACCGCCACCACCGGCCGCUUUUCGUGCUGGGGCCGCUGCUGCUGCUGCCUCUUGCAGCAGCCACAGAGGGCCCAGGCCACUGUGACACCAUAUACCAGGGCUUUGCCGAGUGUCUUAUCCGCUUGGGGGACAGCAUGGGACGUGGAGGAGAGCUGGAGACCAUCUGCAGAUCCUGGAAUGACUUUCAUGCCUGCGCCUCAAGGGUCCUGUCGGGCUGCCCGGAGGAGGCUGCCGCCGUGUGGGAGUCGCUGCAGCAAGAGGCUCGUCGGGCCCCGCACCCGGAUAACUUGCACGCUCUGUGCGGCGCCUCGGUGCGCGUGUGGGAGCGCGGCGUGGGCCCGGAGACCAACCAGGAGACGCUGCGGGCCACUGCGCCAGCGGGCACCCCGGAGCCCGCGCCCUCGCUGCUGGCGGCUGCGCUGGCACUCGCCUGCCUCCUGGGGCCCCUGGCCUAG